AUGUCUGUGAAAAGUGCAAAGGGAGCAGCAGAAAGCAGACCAUCAUCCGCUGCCAGCAUGUCUCCUCGCGGGGGGAGGCCUGCCUCCGCCGCUGCCACCGGAAGAUCGCCUGCUGCGGGGAGAUUCAAAAACAAGGCCCUUCAGCUCAGCCUCUCCAAGAAAUUCUGCUCAAAGUCCCCCACAGCCCAGCAGAAGGGCGCCGCAGAGGAGGGGCGUAACCGGCGCAGCAAGAGGAGCCUCAGCAACAGCUCAGCCGUGGCUGCCGCCUACAUCUCCUUCCUCAAUAAACUUUUUGGACAGGAGAGAGAGCUGAUGCCAGAGGAGCUCGACGAGCUGCAAGAGGCCUUCAAGGAAUUCGACUACGACGCGGACGGCUUCAUCCACUACAAAGACAUAGCAGACUGCAUGAGGACCAUGGGCUACAUGCCGACCGAGAUGGAGCUCAUCGAGAUCAUUCAGCAGAUCAAGAUGAAAUGGGGUGGUCACGUAGACUUUGAUGAUUUCUGCGAGCUAAUGGGGCCGAGGAUGCUGGCUGAGACGGCUCACAUGGUCGGGCUGAAGGAGCUGCGCUGCGCCUUCAAACAGUUCGACUGUGACGGCGAUGGGAAGAUCACGUUUGAUGAGCUGAAAGAGGGCAUGAAGACGCUCCUCGGGGAGAAGCUGAAGAAAGGCGAGCUGGAGGAGAUCCUCAGCGACAUUGACCUCAACAAAGACGGCAACAUCGACUUUGAUGAGUUUGUUAUGAUGCUUUCUGCACGAUGACCUCUGAUGGAACAAGAUGAAGCAUCCAGCACUGGAUUCAUGAGCUACAAACCAGAAACUCUUGAUCCACGUGUCCUUACGUCCAUUGUGA